AUGCGCAACGCGCUCGCGUGUGCUAAUAUGACCGACAGAAGCGCCAGUAUACAUGAACGGUAUGCCCACGAUAUGACCGACAUGGGCCGGUGGGAGCUUAGCCAGCGACCGCACGACAAUUGGGUCGUCAAGUACCCCGAGGCACCUGUUGCGCCCUCCGCGUUUGCGUUCGCAGAGCAGCCUGCCUUGACCGAAAGCCUGGGACAGCUGCAGCUCGGACGGGUACCUAAGACGCGCACCAGGGUCGCUCGCCAUGGCUCAGAUCCUCACGCGAUGCGCCCCUCCAGCAGCGGCGGAGACGCGAUGCUCCCGUACCGCCAGCUUGCCCCGCCGCGACGAGCAGAGUCGUAUUCGCACCCAACGCCCCUCGAGGACUUCCGCCGCUCGAGACGGUGGCCGCCGAGCGGAUACCGGCAGGAUGAUGCCUUAGAUGCGCACCAAGCUGAAGAAUUGAUAUGCGCCGGAACAUCUACGUUCCUGGGCUAUUGCGAUGCGAUUCCAAACACACCUGAAGGGUACAACCACUUCUACGCCGUCAUGCACUCGGAACAUCAGAGCAGGACAGAUCGUGGACCAAUUCAGGCUGACGCAUACCGCUAUGCUUCCCUGAACCUGACGGGCGCUUCUGAAAGCCAAUUUCCAUGGCUAUCUCUGGAGCAGCCUUGUAUGGCCUACGCUUAUGGAAAGGGUGCUGGUACGACUACACUGAAUUACUAUGUCAGCAAGUCGGGUAGCAGUCAUCCCCCGGUCAAGCCCACUGGCGAGAUAAAGCCACGGAAGAUUAAAUUCCUCCAGAUCCUGGACCGGUUACAGCAUUUGGAAGCCGGUCUCGAGGAAGAUGAUCCAGACGAGAUAUAUAGAUAUCUCUACAGCACGCUCAUUGAAGAUCCAGAGCGUUAUAGUGACCACCCCCAUCUGGACCUCCAGCAGCAAAUGAACGAUCUCAUCGCUGUUCUCAGUCAUCCCUCAUGGAUAGAUUUUUCCAACCCCAAGAACCAAGUAGUCGCUAAAUUCUUCGAUUCGCCAGACCAGCUCAGAAAGCAGGAAUUCUUCCAUCAGCUACUCCUUUCCGUGGAACUGUAUCUUCGCAUUCAUUCCGAAAAGCAUACGGAUAAGUUCAAACGGAAGCUCAUGUUACAGCUUUCUCCAACUAUAGCCUGGGAUCUCGCAGUCGCACAACGAUGGUUAGAGAAUAUGGAGAUCACGAAAACCAGAACGUCUGCCAAUCAAAGCACCUUUAGCUUUGAGCUCAAGAGUAAGAAACGGCAAAAAGACGCAUUGAGGUUAUUCGCUGCGACACUGAAGUGGCCAAAUAUGGACGAGAUAGACUAUGUUCUUGAGGAGAAGGACAAGAUGGAGAAGCCGCCGGAAGACCGUUCAGCAGACGCAAUGUCGUGGUUUUCUGGGAUUAUACUUCCCGGACGAACGCUUCCGUGGCUUAUCAUGAACAGCUUGAUUGACUGUGACCGAGAUACGGGAGAUUCGCUGAAAUAUCUGACGCAUAUGCACCAGUCAUCAGGAUUUCAGUACCGAGCCAACACGUACUGGUCAGCGCAGAGCAUUGUGGGAAAGGUUUUGGGCGCUGCACGGGGCGUUAAGCAAAUAGCUGGUUGGGUAGGACCAUGCAUUUACACUCCAGAUCUGAAGCGCACAGAAUGUGUUCGCGUCCAUCAACUUGCAUCACCAGACCCGAGACUCAUUCCCCAGGAUGUCGCGCACAUGGACACUCGGACGAACCCACUGGGAUCAGUUGAGGACAGCUACCCGAUCGACGAUUACGAAGUGCCGAUGCCAGACUUGGACGAGGUGACUGACCUCAUUCGGAUAGAGAAGCUCAGCUUCCUUCCUGCAAAAGAUCAGCCGUCGUCCGCUCGGCAGGGUGCUGGAGGUCCGCUCAUAUUUGAUGCGGGCAUCUACUUUGCUUGUGGUGGUGAGAGCUGGCCAAUGAAGCUCAGAUACGAUGUCGACUUCAUCAAUGCCUUCCCUUGCCACCAAGGUCCGCAUGUCCUUUUCUACGACUUCAGCUACACCGCCAUCAAGAUCGACGACGGCCUCGUUGACAUCCACGACUGGGGCCGUCAAUCUGGUCGAACAUCGCGAUCACGACCCACCUCUUCCCGCUCUUCUCCAGGAAAGAAGGCACUAGCUCUCGCAAGUGCAAGCACCGAACCGGCGCAUAUGCAGGUCAGCAAGGUGCUUGCUAUUGAGGCGCUUGGUGUGAGUGACAACGAAGUCUUCGCUAGGGCUUGGUGUGCGCAUCAUGGGCACAGUGCUAUAGUAGCGAAUGUCAAGGAGACGUGCAUGGCCUGCGCGAUUCGGGAAGCGUAUGCAGCCUGUGUGAGCGUUGUCAUCUUCACAGAGGGAGGCAAGGAGACGGAAAAGGAUGAAGGCAUCUACAUUCAAGAUGUCUGA